AGAAAAAAUGUUUUCUCUCAAAACUAAGCACCAAUUGACAAUUCAUAGAAACACAAAACGAUGUAUUUUAAAAAAACAAAAAGAAAGAAGAUCUAUUAUCUUUGUAAUGAUACAGCACUCUACCGAGUCAAUUUACUUCAUUAUACCUUGAUAGAAUAUAAUGUAUGCUGAGCAUUUGCAUUAAGCCUCAGUUACUCUGAUCUGUCUAAAUUAUAUCUAGUCAGUGCAAACUGACUUUGUAAGUACCAUAAUUAAUAAAUAGAGCAAAUACAGCAUUACAAAAACUAAGCAACACAGCAGACAAGUUGGGGAGAAAGUCUGAAGCAGAGUUGAGUUAUAAAACACAAAUCACAGGCUCUUAUAUCGCCUCACGCAGCAUUGCUUAAUCCAUCACAUGAAAAUGGAAAGAGACUGUCCAACUAAACUGAGCAAGGAGAGGAUUGAUCAAACAGGCAGCCAAGUCGUCCAUGGUCAGCUGCAGAGGUUUGCAGCCGAGGUGGGAGAAUCUGCUAACAACUUUUAGUCAUGGACGCCACAAAUCUGAUGGUUUUAUGCCAUGUAUAGCCUGUUUGCUAGAAACCAUGAAGGAGAGAUAGUGUCGAAGAAGGUGUUCAGGUCUGAUGAGACCAAAAAUUUAAUUUUUUGCCUUAAAGGCUAUGGAAGGUAGAAUCAUGAUAAAAAAAUCACCCCAAUAAUGAAAUGUGGUCUUGGUAGCAUCAUGCAGUGGGGAUACUGCUCUAUAGUAAUUUCACACAACCAUGAAAUUACACUUUUCAUGAGGAGAUUGUUUGGUGUUUGAUAAAAGAGUUGACCACUUGCAUCCAUUAAAAAUGCAUUAUGCGCUGUAUGACACAUGAGAAGCCUCCGUGUGGUUGAUCGAUUCAGCUACGUGUCCAUUGUUAUUGGGCGAGGCCGACAGCUUGCCGCUAUUUAGUCUUCAGUCUCACUCAAGAUCCUCACUGGAGAAAGCAGCUUCUGAAGAUGGAGGCCUCUGCAGAUGAUUUCUCAGAGUUGGAGAACGGUAUGGCCACUAUCAUUAAAGUUUUCCAUAAAUACUCGGGUCAAAACUGCACGCUGAGGAAGGCAGACCUUAAAGCUCUCAUCAACAAUGAGAUGAAUCACUUCAUCAAGAAAAUUAAGAACAAGAAGAUCCUGAACCAACUCUUCACUGAUCUGGACCAGAACAGAGACCUGGAGAUCGACUUCAAAGAGUUCGUAGCUCUCAUCGCCAUGGUUACUUCAGCAUGUCACGACAUCUUCAACCAGACCCACAAACAUUGAUCAGUAUGUUUAUACUAAAUACUCAUUAAACACCUGAGAAAAUCUGGAA